AUCGCAAUUGCAUAAAAAAAAAAAAAAAAAGCGAGACGAUAAGACGGCGACGGUAGUCCAAGAUAUCUAGCAGGUAUAAAAGCUCACGUCGCACAUGACCGCUUCAGUCGCACAUAUUCGAGCGCUCCCUUCGAGAUAAUCAAAUAAGAAAAGUCGGAAACGGCCAAGAAGACCUUCCUGUCUGCGCUGCUGGCUGGUGGAUCUAUUCGAAAAGAGGAGGGUGUAGGCUCUCGCAAGAGCGCGUUUUAAAAAAAGAAUCGCGCGGAGAAUUAGAGGCAUCGGAGAGAAGACAGAUAGGCGAGGGGGCAGAACUCUUCCCGCGAGAGCGCGACGAUCGAGUUAUGCUUCUUGGAUCCCGGCCGAUUUUCCGUCUACACAAGCGCCAGAGGAUCAAGAAGCUCGUCAACCCCUGCCAGGGUGGAUAAGUUCGCUACUUACGCCGGAUCGAGGAAACCUUUGCUUCGCUAGGUCGGAGGAUUUUUUUUCUACCGGCCGGUUCGGGAGUUCCCCGCCACGUGUAUAUAUAUACACACACAUCGUCGUUGUUGCGACGAUUGCUGCUGGAAUACUUACCCGUCGCUUCGAGGAAGAGGCCAUUUGAGGAUGGGCGUCUUUGGCAAGAUGUUCGGAAAAUACCUGCUGGUGACUAACACAGUGAGCUGCGGCGUGAUGAUGGCUGUGGGCGACGCGAUGCAGCAGCGCAGCGAUUUUUUCAAAAAGCACUUGCCAACGAGUCCCUCAAAGUCGACGACAAACAACGAACUAUUGCUCUACGACGGCAACAAGGAAGCAAUGACCCUCGCGAUAAACAACGAAAGCGCCGUUUCGAGGGUGGUAAAAACAACAACGGCAUCGACACCGCCGAUCGACGACUACAAUUUCGUGCGUACGCGCAACAUGACUGCCGUGGGUUUUCUUCAGGGCCCGUUUCACCACUACUUUUACGCGGUACUCGAGAGGUACCUGCCCGGCCGGAGUACCCGCUCGAUAUUCAAGAAAACCGUGUUGGACCAGGCGAUCGCCAGCCCCACCUGUUUGGGGAUAUUUUUUUUCGGGCUCGGCGCGCUCGAGCGCAAAAACUUGAAUGACAUCAACGGCGAGGUCCGGCUCAAGCUCAUGGACACGUGGAAGGUCGACUGUAUGUUCUGGCCACCCUCGCAGUUCAUCAACUUUCUUUUCGUGCCCAUGCGCUACCGGGUGAUAUACAUAAAUUUCAUGACGAUGAUCUACGACAUGUUUCUGUCGUACAUGAAAUACGAUGUCGAGUGACACUGAAUAAAGUAGGAUUGAACGGUGCCGCACCAUCAGUACCUAUAUGUAACUCAUUCAAGUUUUGGCGGAUGGAAAAAAACAAAAAUGUAUACACUUGUAUAUAUUGUUAAGUACAGAAGAUCGAUGAAAGAUCAAGAUGGCAUAUGGAUAAAAGCUUAUCCGUGAUGUACAGUAUAAUCAUCCACAACAUUGGCGAAACGAUCAACAAACGAGAUAAAAAUUUUGUAACACAUUGUUUACCGAAUUUACACACACAAGGCUGCGUUUUAUAUGAUGUAUAUGAGACUAUUAAAAAUUCAUUUAUUUAUUUUA